AUGUUUUUUUUAUUACAGCUUUUCGACGAUGUGUAUCAUUUCGACCAAAAAUUGGUGGCGAAGCGAUCAGCGGAGCCCCAUUUGGAAAUGCACAGGCGAUUGGCGGGAGACCCGAGGGUGCAAAAUGCCAAGCAGCAAAGAAUAUUGUCACGUAGAAAAAGGGAUUUUGUGGUAAAACGCGGUCCAGCAAGCUCACGCGCCAUCUUGAAUGAUGACAGAUGGCCGCAAAUGUGGUACUUGAAUCGAGGCAAGGGACUUGACAUGAACGUCCAGGGUGCUUGGGCCGAUGGAAUUACUGGGCAUGGUGUCGUUGUCACUAUUUUGGAUGAUGGACUGGAAAAAGAUCAUCCUGAUAUCUACAGUAAUUAUGAUCCACAAGCGAGUUAUGAUGUAAACAGCUAUGACGAUGAUCCUAUGCCACGAUAUGACUACCUCAACAGCAAUCGUCACGGUACCAGAUGUGCUGGAGAAGUUGCUGCAACAGCGAAUAAUUCUUUUUGUGCCGUUGGGGUUGCUUACGGCGCUGGAGUUGGGGGAGUAAGAAUGCUGGAUGGUGAAGUAACGGAUGCUGUUGAAGCUAGAUCUUUAAGUUUCAACGCCCAACACAUAGAUAUCUACAGCGCAUCCUGGGGUCCGGACGAUGACGGGAAAACAGUAGAUGGCCCUGGAGAACUUGCUACUCGAGCUUUCAUUGAAGGCAUCACUAAGGGUCGCAGCGGUAAAGGCUCGAUAUUCGUGUGGGCAUCGGGUAAUGGAGGUCGCGAACAUGACAACUGCAAUUGUGAUGGUUAUACAAAUAGUAUUUGGACACUGUCAAUUAGUAGCGCAACUGAAAAUGGUUUAGUGCCGUGGUACAGCGAGGCAUGUUCAUCAACUCUCGCUACUGCCUACAGUUCCGGUUCGCUAGGAGAAAAACAAAUCGUAACUAUUGAUUUAAAUCAUCAGUGCACAAGCAGUCAUACCGGUACCUCAGCGUCAGCACCAAUUGCCGCGGGAAUUUGUGCGUUAGCUCUUGAAGCCAACCGAGAUCUUACGUGGCGCGAUAUGCAGCACAUAGUCGUAAGAACCGCUAAGCCGGCUAAUUUAAUUGCCGCUGAUUGGACCAUUAACGGUGUUGGCAGAAAUGUUAGCCACAGUUUCGGCUAUGGCUUAAUGGAUGCAACCGCAAUGGUUCAACUUGCCAAAAAGUGGCAGACCGUUCCGGAACAACACAAGUGUGAAAUGUUAGCGCCACACAAAAAUAGAUCAAUUCCAUCGCGUAGUCAAUUGACCCUAGAUUUUCAUGUAAAAGAAUGCAGUGGCGUCAACUUUUUAGAGCACGUUCAGGCGAAAAUAACACUGUCAGCGUCGAGAAGAGGAGAUCUCGAGAUAACACUGACAUCUCCGCAAGGAACUAAAAGCACUUUGCUCGCCAAGCGACCACACGAUAAUUCAAAAACAGGAUUCCAACAAUGGCCAUUCAUGUCGGUACAUACAUGGGGUGAACGUCCACACGGUACGUGGACUUUGGAGGUUCACAAUGAGGGUCGAUAUGUUGGUCGUGCGAUACUUCACGAAUGGUCGUUGAUAUUCUACGGUACAGGAAUACUGCCCGACCCAACGGAGUUCGCGCUCUACAGCAGCAUAACCGGUAGCGGAAUUAACCCAAAGUUUCCUAAAAAGCCAGUCGUUAAAACGUCUAAUUACUCACGCAACGGGCUCAAUGUCGUCGGGCUUAAGGCCAAGAACAGCAAGUUUGUUAAGCAACAGCUACAGCAACAACUGCAACAACAACUACAGCAGGGCCAGAAUGGUGGAUUAAAUCAGGCGUACAUCCAGCAGAAUCAAACUGCUAAAAAAAGCAAAGUACGUGGGCAACAUAAAAAUGGUAAAUCAACAAAUAAACCAACAGUACGGCCCACUGUACAAAGCUUACGUGGAUUAACAUUUAGUCGCAUUGCUCCUCCAUCUAAGCCCCGUGUUAGCGGUAGCAAUGUCACCGCCGGACACAGUUCCAAUCCCGGGAACACCACACCCAAAUCAAUUGUAGAACCGGUUGUUAAACUGACAACCCAGCAGCCGAAACAGCAGCAAGUUAUCGACGCUGUGACAUCAACUUCCUCCCUCCAGAGAGGGUUAAUUCUGAUGGAACCCGCGGCCAAAGCUGCGACUAACAAAGUUCCAGUGGUGUUCCAGCAGUAUCCCAAAAUCCAGCAGCUGUACCCGCUCUACCCGGUCUAUCCCGGUGUGAGGGGUGUUAAUCAACAUGCCACCCGCGCUAAAGGCCUCGAUCUGCUUCAAGACGAGCAGUUUGACACCAGAAAUCUCCAACUCACUGACAAGGGUACUUAUUCUGUCGAUAGAGAUGCAUUGACAAGUCUAACAGAAUGGGGCCUGGUGUUUUACGGCACAGAAACGGCCUUAAAGUUCGACGAGGACCUGGACAAAGACAAGCCGAUCGCGCCGAUAGAAGUCGAAGAUAUACCGCACAACAGAGCCAACUCGGAGGAUAAGAAGCCGGUAGACACCGAGGGUGAGGGAGGUUCGUGGAGACAACAGGUGGAUAUGAUAUCGCAUCCCGAGGUGCAGAAGCCUACGACUGAAAACCACACGAGCAAAGCGUGUAAGAGCUUUGGCUCCAACGGGUGCCUAGGUGGGUGCCUAUUGUUAAUUCUACUUGUUCAUACAUUGAUUAAAGAGCCCAGCUGA